AUGUCCCAUAAUGAACACUGCCACUGCCUAGCUUAACUAGCAAGGUUAUUUCUGCCAAGUGUUGACGAAAGAGUGUGGUGGCACUCAUAAACGUUUCGUUUUCUUUUCCUAAUAUACAUUUUUUUGUGUUUUUAAACACUGCAGUCGACUGACACUGUGGUUGCUCGAACAACUUGUAAUGCUAAUGUGUCCUCUGUCUUCCUUGUCGCAGACUUUCCAGGUAAUAUUGACUGACAUGGCAGCCAAUGGAGACAGUUGUGACAAACCUCAAAGACGCACAGGAACUAAAGAAAAACAGAAUGGUAACUCCACAGAUUCAACUAUAAGAGAGAGGCGACAGAAAGAUAAGGAAGAGCGCCUGUCGCUUGUGUUAUGGAGGAGGCCUGUUAUUACACUACAUUACUUCCUCCUAGAGACCUUAAUUAAGCUAAAGGAGUGGACAAUAAAGCUUUGGCAACGACGAAGCAUUGUGUUCUUAUUUUUGGUGUUAUGUAGUCUCUUCUCUGCCGCCUACUCCAUAGAAGGAUCACAUCAAAAAUAUGUCCAGUACCUAGAGAAGAAGUUCCUCUGGUGUGCGUACUGGGUAGGUUUAGGUAUUCUGUCCUCUGUUGGCCUUGGGACUGGUCUGCACACCUUCCUUCUUUAUCUGGGCCCUCAUAUAGCAUCAGUGACACUGGCAGCCUAUGAGUGCAGCUCAACAGAUUUCCCAGAGCCUCCAUACCCAGACCAGAUUGUGUGUCCUCAACUUGCAGGGGCUGAGGGAAGUAUCUCCCUCUUCUCUAUCAUGUCGAAGGUCCGCCUGGAAGCCUGCAUGUGGGGUGCAGGCACUGCCAUCGGAGAACUGCCGCCAUACUUCAUGGCCAGAGCAGCACGUCAAUCUGGGGCUGACCCUGAAGAUGAAGAAUAUGAGGAGUUUGAGGAGAUGCUGGAGCAGGCUGAGAACGCACAGGAUGUUGUCACCAGAGCAAAAAUGGGAGUCCAACACAUGGUGCAGAAAGUGGGAUUCUUUGGGAUUUUGGCUUGCGCUUCGAUCCCAAAUCCACUUUUUGACUUGGCGGGAAUCACGUGUGGACACUUCCUGGUUCCUUUUUGGACCUUCUUUGGGGCCACGCUCAUUGGGAAAGCCAUCAUUAAGAUGCACAUACAGAAGCUGUUUGUUAUCAUCACCUUCAGCAAGCACAUCGUGGAACAAAUGGUGUCUCUCAUUGGGUCUAUACCCAAAGUAGGACCGUCACUCCAGAAGCCCUUCAGCCAGUACCUGGAAGCACAAAGGAACAAGCUGCAUCAUGGCCAAGGAAGCAAGUCAUCGGAUGACAACUGGCUUUCCUGGCUGUUUGAGAAGCUGGUGCUGGUCAUGGUCUGCUACUUUGUCAUCUCCAUUGUCAACUCCAUGGCUCAGAGUUAUGCCAAGCGGCUUCAGCAGCAAAGGCACUUGGUGGAGAAAACCAAGUGACAACAGGCGGUACAGACAUCCAAGAAGUGACUGUGCACCUGCAGCCGUGUCCGCUCAUGACUUGCCGCCAAACCUCACCCUCCACACUCAGAAGGCUGCGCGCUCCAAAGUGGACUGUGUCCUUGGUAUGUGCGUGUCUCCAUUUGAACAUCCGUCUCCAUCAUUUUUGUAAAUUGUCUCGUCUCACUCAGUGUGCUCAAAGCACCCGGUUAUUCUGCUAAUUUAAUGGUCUUACUUUCCGAUGAUUCCAUACUUUGACCUCACACGUGAAGUGUUCGGUGGUGGUGUCUUCUGUGUACAGGCACUGCCUAUCAGAUGCGAUGCCUUAUGCAAAGAUGGGAAAGUCUUGACUUCUUCCCUUGACAGUAGUUCUUGACUUUUUAUUUAAUUUUGUAAUAUUAAUGUAUGGAUGGUUGUUGAUUUGUGUGCGGUGUGCUGCCAGGAUAACUGCUCUCUUUUCAGGGUUGGGAUAUUCAUAUUUUUGACUUUAUUUACUGGAAUUGUCAGUUCUCCAACAAAAAAAAAAAGAAGGAAAAAGCAAUAUCAAUGUAAAUUGUGUUGUUGGUUUGCA